CAUUCUAUAAAAGGUGAUAUUCCCUAUUUGUUGAUCUUUUUAAAAUAUUGGAAUUAAACAUUAAAAUUCUUGAAAUUGGUCGCAAACUAAUCCUCAAUAUAAUUUACUCCCAAAAACAAAUUCUCAAUAUAAGACAAAGAGCAACGGCAAUCCGGUGAAAAUGGCGGCGAGUCGGGUGAUAUCUCUGUCACCGGGGAGUUUUAGCAGCUACUCCAACAGUAAUCUCGCCGAUAUUGCGGCGAGAGUCGUCGAAGAGUUCAGAGCCGAGAACGGAUACGAUUCCGAAUUUUACGAAGAACACGGCUUGUUUGCCGUUCUGGAAGGCGAUGAGGAUCUCGUCGCCGGAGAUUCCGGUAAUGCGGCGGGGAAGGAUGACGGCAAAGACGUAAAGGAGAUCGAAUUCGAGUUUGUUCCAGGAGGAGCUGAGGUUUCGCCGAUUUCCGCGGAUGAGAUUUUCUGUAACGGCGAGAUCAAGCCGACUUUCAACCGGAAUCUGUCGACAGGUUGCGUGAAUUUCAAGCAGGGGAAUUCCGGAGAUGAGCGGACAGCGGCCAAUCUGCCGCCGAAGGUUCGGCUUCCGUUGAGGAGACUGUUCAACGACGACCUAGAUCCGCCGCCGCCGCGCCGCUCCUCUUCGGUCGGAGGCGAGAUCUGCGGCGUUCCGCCGGAGACGUACUGCGAGUGGCGGCCGAAUGCUCCGGCGGAGAAAUCGUCGGCGAGGACGUGGAAGAAGAGCAGCUCCAAUGGCUGGUCAAAGCGGUGGAGGUUCCGAGACCUUAUCCACCGGAGCAACAGCGACGGUAAGGACAGAUUCUUCUCUCCAUCGCCGUCUUUCAAAAAGGGACCGGAGAAAUCGGGAAAGCCGGCUGCAGCGGCGGCCGAGGCUUCGAACUCCGCGCACAAACCGCCAUCUCCGCCGCGCUCCGUUAAGGGAAACGGUUAUAAACGGCGAUCGAACAGUUUUCUUUUCAUGCUUCAACCUGAUUGAUAAUCUUUCCCAGUUUAGCACUUUAGCCCAUUCUUCCGGGUAAAUAUGGGGGCCUUGAAGAACUAAUUGAAUGAGUUGAUGAUAGAGUCAUGUUUGCAUAAUUCUAAGGUCAAUAUUUAAAAUAAUAUUUAAAAUGUGGAUUUUUUCAUAUUUUUUAUGAAUUUAUAUUUGGAUAUAUUCUAUACAAAAGACCCACUUUUUAACGCUAUAAACACAUUAAGGUUUA